GCGGCCGGAGGGCGGUGAGGGUGAGUAACUGUUACACUGGAGGAAGGUGUUUCCUGGACAAUCCUGGAGACAGAGCAGAUUGCCUUGGUACCCUGCUCCUCCGUCCUGCUGCAAUGAGUGGGAAAUCCUUGCUCCUAAAGGUCAUUCUCCUUGGAGAUGGUGGAGUUGGGAAGAGCUCCCUCAUGAAUCGGUACGUCACCAACAAGUUUGACUCACAGGCAUUCCACACGAUUGGGGUGGAGUUCUUAAACCGGGACCUGGAGGUGGACGGGCGGUUUGUGACCCUCCAGAUUUGGGACACUGCAGGACAGGAGAGGUUCAAGAGCCUGCGGACGCCGUUUUACCGGGGAGCAGACUGCUGCCUGCUGACCUUCAGCGUGGAUGAUCGGCAGAGCUUUGAGAACCUCAGUAACUGGCAGAAGGAGUUUAUCUAUUAUGCUGAUGUGAAGAACCCUGAACACUUCCCAUUUGUAGUUCUGGGCAACAAGAUAGACAAACUGGAGAGACAGGUGAGCACAGAGGAGGCCCAGGCCUGGUGCAUGGAAAACGGUAACUAUCCGUACCUGGAGACUAGUGCCAAGGAUGACACCAAUGUAACAGUGGCCUUUGAGGAAGCUGUGCGCCAGGUGCUGGCAGUGGAGGAGCAGAUGGAACACUGCAUGCUGGGCCACACCAUUGACCUGAACUCCAGCUCCAAAUCAGGCUCUUCCUGUUGUUGAGAGUGGCUGCUGCUUUGGGAGCGGCACUCGAGCCAGCAGCUGGAUCAGAACACACCUGGGCAGCCCUGGGGCACUCUGAGGAGGGUGGCCACAAGGACAAGAGGUGCUUUGCUCACUGGGGAGCUGCAGCCUCACCAUCUGAAUCCUGCCUGGAGUUUUCAGGCACAGAGCAUGUAUCUGCAGGAAGGAGCUGUUAACAGAGCAUGUGAGCGUAGUCUUACUUCCAUCUCUGCCUGUUUUAGCAGGUUUAAAGGGCUGAGUUAAAGUCCUUUAAAUUCCCUAAAGACAAUAGGGAUUUGUUCUGUACCAAGAACUGCCUGCAGAGCAAAGCUGAGAGCAUCCUAGACACUGAAGUAUUUUAGUCCUGAACUAAAAAAAAAUAUUAGACCCACUCAUGACCAUACUGCCAAAGGAAAUCCCACUCAGCAUACUGAACGAAAACUGUCAUAAAGACUGUCCCUUGUGACUGUGAGAAAACCAAAUACUGGAGUGGCUGGGAUGUGUGUCUGUUGUUUGGGAUAAAUGCAUUGUGUCCCGAGGCUGAAUUGUGAUGAGAAUUGUUAGAGUUCUGACCUGAAGCAACAUAUGAAGAAGAGACGGGCCUGUGACAGCAUUGUUUCUUCAUAGCUGCUUAUUUCUGGUCUGGUUUUCCUCACCUCUAACUUUGUCUUGUAUGUGUGUUAUUUUU